GUUUCUGUGGUCAUGCUAAAGAUGCUGGAGUCAUCUGCUCAGAGGUCAGGCUGGUUGGAGGUUCUCGCUGCUCUGGGAGGUUAGAGAUACUUCAUGAUCAGACGUGGAUGUCAGUGUGUGACGCUGCCUUUGACCAGCAGGAUGCAGAGGUUGUGUGUAGAGAGCUGGACUGUGGGGCUCCUGUACAGGUGCUGGGAGCAGCUGCUUUUGGCAAAGGAGACGCUCAGAUGUGGACACAAGAGAUUCAGUGCAGAGGAAAUGAAUCUCAGAUUCACCUCUGUCCAACAUCACAAUCACAUGAAAACAAUUGUUCUCAUGACAAUGAUGUUGGACUGGUGUGUACAGAAAUAAUAAAUGUGCGGUUGGUUAAUGGAAACAGUCCCUGCAGUGGGACAGUGGAGGUUCAUCAUAGAGGUCAGUGGGGAACAGUGUGUGACAUUGGUUGGGAUAUGGCUGAUGCUGCAGUGGUGUGUAGAGAGCUGGACUGUGGAGAACCUGUAGAUGCUCUGAGUGAUGCUCAGGUUGGACUCGGAUCAGGACCAGUCUGGAUGAAUAAUGCAAUGUGUGCUGGAUCUGAGUCCACACUGAAAAAGUGUGGAUCUGUCAUAUGGGGUUUUCAAGGUGUGUGUCAGAGCAAGAGUGCAGGAGUCAUCUGCUCAGGUGUCAGGCUGGUUGGAGGUUCUCGCUGCUCUGGGAGGUUAGAGAUACUUCAUGAUCAGACGUGGAUGUCAGUGUGUGACGCUGCCUUUGACCAGCAGGAUGCAGAGGUUGUGUGUAGAGAGCUGGACUGUGGGGCUCCUGUACAGGUGCUGGGAGCAGCUGCUUUUGGAAAAGGAGACGCUCAGAUGUGGACACAAGAGAUUCAGUGCAGAGGAAAUGAGUCUCAGAUUCACCUCUGUCCAACAUCUCUGCCACACAAAUACAAGUGUUCACAUGAUAAUGAUGUUGGAUUGGUGUGUGCAGACAGUGUGAAUGUGAGGUUGGUUGGUGGUCACAGUCGCUGUGCUGGUAGAGUGGAGGCUCUUCAUAGAGGUCAGUGGGGAACAGUGUGUGACGCAGGUUGGGAUAUGGCUGAUGCUGCAGUGGUGUGUAGAGAGCUGGACUGUGGAGAACCUGUAGAUGCUCUGGGUGAUGCUCAUUUUGGAUCAGGAUCAGGACUAAUCUGGACAAAUCGUAUGUUGUGUACUGGAUCAGAGACUACACUGAAGAACUGUGGAUCAGUUCAGUUGUAUGAUUAUGACUGUAAUCAUGAUACAGAUGCUGGAGUCAUCUGCUCAGGAGUCAGGCUGGUUGGAGGUUCUCGCUGCUCUGGGAGGUUAGAGAUACUUCAUGAUCAGUCAUGGAUGUCAGUGUGUGACGCUGCCUUUGACCAGCAGGAUGCAGAGGUUGUGUGUAGAGAGCUGGACUGUGGGGCUCCUGUACAGGUGCUGGGAGCAGCUGCUUUUGACAAAGGAGACGCUCGGAUGUGGACACAAGAGAUUCAGUGCAGAGGAAAUGAGUCUCAGAUUCGAUUGUGUCCAGCAUCACAGAAACACAGCUGCUCUCAUGAUGAUCACCAGGCGCUUCUGUGUGCUGAUGUAAUGCAUGUGAGAUUGGUAAAUGGUAACAGUCCUUGUGCUGGUAGAGUAGAGGUUCAUCAUAGAGGUCAGUGGGGAACAGUGUGUGGUGGUGGCUGGGAUAUGGCUGAUGCUGCAGUGGUGUGUAGAGAGCUGGACUGUGGAGAACCUGUAGAUGCUCUGGGUCUUGCCCAUUUUGGUCAAGGAUCAGGACCAAUCUGGAUGAGUGUUUUAAUGUGUUUAGGAACAGAGUCUACACUGAAGAACUGUGGGUCAGCAGGAUGGAAUAAACCUGUCUGCACUCAUAAUCAUGAUGCUGGUGUCAUAUGCUCAGGUCACAAACGCUCCAGACUUGCUGAUGGGUCUAAUCUUUGCUCUGGGAGGUUAGAGAUACUUCAUGAUCAGACAUGGGUUUCAGUGUGUGAUGCUGACUUUGACCAGCAGGCUGCAGAGGUUGUGUGUAGAGAGCUGGACUGUGGGGCUCCUGUACAGGUGCUGGGAGCAGCUGCUUUUGGCAAAGGAGACGCUCAGAUGUGGACACAAGAGAUUCAGUGCAGAGGAAAUGAAUCUCAUAUUUCAUUCUGUUCAGUAUCAUCACUCAAACACAACUGCACCUUUGACAACAUUGUGGGCCUGAUCUGCUCUGGUUACACUGAUCUCAGACUGAUAAAUGGCUCAGUCACUUGUUCUGGAAGAGUGGAUCUUCAGUUCCUCAAAGAGUGGGGCACAGUGUGUGAUGCAUGCUGGGAUAUGGCAGCUGCCAAUGUCCUCUGUGGGCAGCUGAAUUGUGGGAUUGCUGUGUCUGUUGUGGGAUCAGACUGGUUUGGAGAGGGAAGUGGUGAAAUCUGGGCUGAUGUGUUUGAUUGUGAUGGGAAUGAAACCAAACUCUCAGAAUGUUCCAUCUCUUCAUGGAGUCGAGCUGAAUGUUCUCACAGACGAGAUGUUGGAGUCAUCUGCUCUGGUCGUGGGUCCAUCAGGCUGGUGGGUUCUGGGGGAGACUGUGCAGGGAGGCUGGAGGUUUUUCACAGCGGCUCAUGGGGGACAGUGUGUGACGACUCCUGGGAUAUUAAAGAUGCUCAUGUGGUGUGCAGACAGCUGCAGUGUGGAGUGGCCCUCAGUAACCAGCAGGUACCAGCCUGGUUUGGUCCUGGUUCUGGACCCAUAUGGCUGGAUGAGGUGGAGUGUGAGGGGAAUGAGACGUCCCUGUGGAGCUGCUCUUCUCCAGGCUGGGGAAAACAUGACUGUCAACACAAGGAGGAUGUAGGAGUCGUGUGCUCAGAGGAUCAGACACGCGAGUCUCCUCAGAGUCUUCUGACAUGUUCUACCUCACCAUCUCCAUACAAGAGACAGUGUUCAAAUCAUGUUCCUCUCAGACUGAGUGGAGGGGAGGGCCGGUGCUCUGGGAGGCUGGAGGUGUAUCAUAACGCUGUGUGGGGCUCAGUCUGUGAUGAUCAGUGGGACAUCAGCGAUGCUCAGGUGGUCUGCAGGCAGCUGGGUUGUGGAGCAGCACUGAGGGCUGAUGGGAAUUCAGUCUUUGGUGCUGGUGAAGGUGUUGUGUGGCUGAACAGAGUCGAGUGCAGAGGGAAUGAGAUUCACCUGUGGGACUGUCCUCUCUCCCUGAAAAACCACACUGACUGCUCCCACAAAGAGCACGCUCGACUCACCUGUGCAGAUGUGCCGGUGUCCUCUACUCCUGCCACAACAUCAGCUUCUCCUCCAGUUUCUCCUCCACUGCGCUCAACAUCAGUCUCUCCUCCACAAACUCCUCCAGCAGCAUCUCCCCCCCCUCCCCCCACUCCAGUGCUUGUGAUUGUACUGGGAGUUGUGCUCUUACUGCUCUUAGUGCCACUGCUUAUACUGAUUCAGCAGAACAGAGUGAUGAGGAGAGCUCUCUCUAAGAGGAGACACAGGACGACGACUGAAGCCGUUUAUGAGGAGAUUCAGCACAGACACAAUCACUUCACUCAGAGGGGGAGUCUCAUCUCUGAAGAACUGCAUUCUGGGUAUGAAGAUGCUGAUGAGCUUCUCUCAGCAAAAGAGUUCAAGACUUCAUAUUAUGAUGAUGUCACUAAUGGCAGUGGCCUAAAAGAAGAGAUGCUGAAGGAAAUCACACCGGGAUACUAUGAUGAUGUCAUCACUGAUGGACUGAAACCAGAUCAAGACACACCUGAGAGCUAUGAUGAUGUCAUGACGAGCGGACAGAACUCUGAUUUCAAAAAAGUGGACACACCAGAGAAUUAUGAUGAUGUCAUCAUUAAUAGACCGAGCUCUCGAGGGGUAACAGAGGGAGUUCAGGAGGAGUAUGAUGAUGUGAUGAGUGUCAGUGAAGAUGUGAGAAACCUGUUGGAUUAUGAUGAUGUGGAGGAGGAGUCAAACAAAGAAGGGAGCCAUUUGGCUCAAUGAUCUCACCCACUGCCUCAGUUCAACACAUCUGAACAAAGUUUUAGUGAUGUUGAUAUUGAUAUGUUAAUUCUCAGGUUUUUCUGGUUUCCCCUCUUUUUUGGUAUUAAACCUUUGUGAGAUUUGUAUUGUUUUUGGCAUUGUUAAAAUCAAUAAAAACAACAGACAAUUUUGUCUAGUA